UCCGGUAGUCUGUGAUUGGCUCGUCUCUGGGUGACGCCCCGCCCCCUAUGUGUCUGCCUCCAAACCUGUACGAGGAAGGAGGAAGUGGAGCUGAGCGCCGGUCAGUGGGAGACUCGAAUUUAUAUUACAUUGAGGAAAGCGAGUGACGUCCGAUGGACACUUUUGACGUGGCAUCAUGUCUCUUAUUGAUGACUCCACAGGGCCGUGCGUGUCAGAGCUGAUUUCUGUGAUUCCGUUCAUAUCUCUGUAAAGCCGACUCACUGUCACGACCAGCCUCCACCAUGGCUCCUGUACCGCCUGGCAUCCGCUUCCUGGCAUCCUUCAACCGGGAUCAGUGCGUCCACCGGAUAGAUACCAGCACACAGCUCCAGGGCUCCCGCUCGAUCUUCGGGUACAGAGCUUUCACAUUCGGCCUCACCUUCCUGCUCUACACCAGCUUUCACCUGUCCCGGAAGCCCAUCAGCAUUGUAAAGAGUGAACUUCAUAAGAACUGUACACAGGUUAGAGAGGUGACGUCUACUGAAAGACAUAGCAGUCAACGGCCCAUUAUGGUUGAUAUAAACUGUAGCUGGAAACCUUUUGAUAAAGGAAACUACAAGCAGCUGUUGGGGGCGAUGGACUACUCGUUCCUAUGUGCUUAUGCUAUAGGCAUGUACCUCAGUGGGAUUAUUGGCGAGCGCUUGCCCAUCCGUCUCUAUUUAAGCAUCGGGAUGUUGACCAGUGGCCUCUUCACCUGUCUGUUUGGACUCGGAUACGUUGACAUUCACAACCUCGGAUUCUACAUCUUUGUCCAGAUAGCCAACGGAGUGGUGCAGACUACUGGCUGGCCCAGUGUGGUGACUUGCAUUGGGAACUGGUUUGGCAAGGGCAGGCGAGGGCUGAUCAUGGGACUGUGGAACUCUCACACGUCUGUUGGAAAUAUCCUCGGUUCUCUGAUCGCUGCGUACUACGUGUCAUCUAACUGGGGGUUGUCAUUCAUCGUCCCUGGCAUCAUCAUUGCAGUCAUGGGCAUCAUCUGCUUCCUCUUCCUUAUUGAACACCCCAAUGAUCUGAAAGCUGCCACCACUCAAAAUGUCAUCAGUGCUCCCCAGAAUUUGCACAAAAGCUGGAAUGGAGUAAACGGCCGGAAAGACUUGUACCUGCAGUACAAACAAGGAGCAAAAACCCAGAGCUCAGAUACAGAGCUGUUGUUGGGACAGGACAGCACAGGAGUGUGUGUUCCUGUGCAGCAGGUGGUCGUAGUGAAGAGCGAGGCAGAGCCAGGUGCCAUUAGUUUCAUGGGAGCUUUACGCAUACCGGGUGUAGUGGAAUUCUCUCUGUGUCUGCUGUUUGCUAAACUGGUCAGCUACACAUUUUUGUUCUGGCUGCCCCUCUACAUCACUAAAGCAGCUCACCUUGAUGCAAAGAAAGCAGGAGAUCUCUCCACCCUGUUCGAUGUGGGAGGAAUUGUCGGUGGAAUCCUGGCAGGUGUGGUCUCAGAUAAGUUGGGAAAGAGAGCAACUACAUGUGCUGUAAUGCUGCUUCUGGCUGCUCCAACGCUUUAUGGCUUUUCGAUGAUGAGACAGUUUGGUCUGGGCCCCACUAUCGGCAUGCUGCUGGUGUGUGGAGGCUUAGUGAACGGACCUUAUGCCCUCAUCACGACUGCUGUGUCUGCUGAUCUGGGCACCCAUAAGAGCCUAAAAGGCAAUGCCCGUGCUUUGUCGACAGUCACCGCCAUUAUUGAUGGCACAGGAUCUGUUGGUGCUGCAAUAGGCCCCCUACUGGCCGGGCUGCUCUCUGCACACGGCUGGGAUCAGGUCUUCUACAUGCUCAUGACGGCAGACUUUUUUGCACUACUGCUGUUGCUGAGGCUGGUGUUUAAGGAAAUGAGAUCGAACAAGAACCGUCCAAGAACCUCUGUAGAGCUGAAGGAGCACUAAACACUUUGCACUUAAUUGUACUGGAGGAGCUGAAGACUCUGCCCUCUACCAACCGGGACCACAGCUUGAAUCCAUUCACAGAACCAGAUGUGAACCUCAGCUUAUUUAUGUCCACUGUGCUUUUUUCUGCUGCUCUAGCAGUUUACUGGGACAAAAUUUGAAACUUGAAAUCUUUAACACUGCUGUAACUCAAGUAGCAGCACGUUUUCAAGCCUGCCUUCUUUACCUUACCAGCCAUAUAGAGAGCUGAAGUCCUGCUCCCCUAAUGCUUCAAACCAAUCAUGUUCUUUACACAUUUACAGUUGAGCUGUAUCCAAUGAGUGAAGGAAUCCAGCGAAAUGUUCACUGCCUUCAAUGUCCGUGUCAUUAGGGUGAGUGUGCUUGUAAUAGGGAUUACAAUCUUUAUUUUGAUGUCAUAUUUAUUCAUGGAAUUCAGCAAACCUUUCAGAAUCCCCUCAUUAUUCAGAAAUAUACAUAGCAAAAUGCAGUGUAAUUUUCAUUUUAGAUUUUUGGUUCAACUCUGCAGCCAUUUUAAAGCUUAAUUUAUUUCUGAGUAUGAAAAUAUAUGACCCUGUAUAAAGCAGCUCAACCCUCAACUCAACCGGUUUCGCUGAAAGACGGCUCAGAAAUUGUGUGAGGUCAGACAGAUGAGACGAUGGCAGAUGGAACUGCUCCUGUAUGUGUAUACAUAUAUACGGGUUAUAAAUCCGUUCAUGGGAUACACCUAAUGGGCUUAAAAGCUACUUAGUGUAAUGUCUAAGGCAUAACACUAACUAGUUCGACUUAUAUUCAUUAUUCGGAAUAUUCUUUUUUGCUUCUUUCCAGCUAAUCUUUUUUAUAUCUCUCUCCUUUUCCUGCUGUCAGUAAACAGUAGAAAAGAUUUCUUCUUCUAUACCACUAAAUAUCCCUUCUAUCCAUUCAUAUAUGAGAAGGUUAUUAAUAUAUCGUUCUCCGUUUACGUCUGCCUUUCUGCAAACCAAAGUCGAAACCUUGUUAUUUAUGUACAAAUAUUAUAUUUGAUUAUUUAAAUACUGUGUUUUAAAUACUGUGGUCUGGAGCGCAUUAAGGUAUAGAGAGGUAUAUUACAUUUUUUUUGUUGUUUUGGGGUUUGUUGUUUUUUUUUAAGAACAGAUGUGUCUUCUAUAUUGUAGCAUCAUAGGUGACUUGAAGGAAGCCACUCAUUUUCCUAUCACCAUGGAGAACCCCCUCCCCACCCAAAAAAUUGUUCUUUCGUAGAGGACACACUCUGUACAUUUUCUUUAGUGAGCGAGCAUGAGAGGAUUGUACGCCGUCGGCAAACAUAAAAGAGAAACCCUUUGACUUCAGCGCUGUGAUGAUGAGUGAUGCAAUUGAAUCCGUUUCGUUUGUAACUGGAUGUCACAUUGGGUUGAAUGUAUUUUCGUAUGAGUAAGUUGCAUCUGAUUCUUUACUGGUGUUUCAAUGAACAUGAUCGUGCCUUGUUUUCUAUUUUAUCGCUCUGUAUAUGGGUUCGUUUUUUUGUCUGUCAUUUUCAGACUCCUUUAGAAACUCAUGGCAGUAGCUGUGCUCGGUAGCCACUUUGUACAAACGAAUUAUACGAACGAAUGUGAACGAAUCACAUUGUUAAUAAAGAGGAAUAUCAACUGUU